GGUAGUAGAAGUGAGAUUAGAGAGGGAAUAAGGAGUCACAAUGGAAGAGGCAGAGGAAGCGAGAGGGGAGAGAUUAAGUGCUCGAUCCCCCCCAACACGUCCAUCGGACCAGGUGAAUUACUGGGAGGAAGAAGAGAGAAUCGAAACGUUGAUGGGUCUGUGUUUUGACGAUGGUGUUUACCCAACGGAACUGGAUCCGGGUGAAAUGUCAGUUCAAGGGAGAGAGGUGAAAUUCAAGUUGAACACGUCCUUGGAAGAAAUAAAAGUGAAAUGGUUGAAGGAAAGGACGGUCUCGGUUAUCUUUAAGGAGAACGCAAGGUUUCUGUCAAGAAGCGUGAAGGAUGACACGAUCCAUGCUUUUGAAAAUGGAUGGGUGUUGAGGAGCGACAACUUCCCGACUGAAACCAGGCGUGGCAGAGUCAAGAUAGAAGGCCCUAAUGCGCUCUCGUACGUGGCGAAAUCUCGUGAGGUGGUGACGUAUAUGAUACAUGAAGGAGGAGUAGAGAUCCCGGUGAGAACGGCAAGAUACAAAAUCCAGUUUAAACCCUGGAUGACAAAAGCAGAGUUCAGGGAGCUGAGGCAGCAAGAAGAUGACAGAACCUUCUGGGUGGUCGCAAUUCAAAUACCGUUGGAUGACAUGCCUUUUAUAUUCACGCAAAUUCAACGGGCGAUUGGAAGAAUCAUCCUGGCGCAUCGUCCGGAUACGGACCCGCCAAGACCAGCACUCGUUAACACUCAUUUUGACAUCGAGCCAGAAGCAAGAGGUAACAUGAAAGACAAACUGUGGAUAACAACAUCUAAUGGAGACGAACAGGAGGUGAAAUUGGCUUGCUCCACCGCACCGAAGUGUCAGAUCUCUAAGCAAUUUUUCCACGUGGCAGCAGAUUGUCGAAGAAAUAGAGGAAGACAGAGUUCAGGAGGGGGAGGGGCGUUCAAUGCACCACUACAACAACCGGCGCAAUCGGAAGCAAGUAAGAGAGGUGGUCAAAGACCAUCGUACCAUGGCCCACUCGGUCCACAACCGCCGCAAAGGAUCCCGACAGGAGGCGUCGACCCUGUUGGUUUCUCUAUUGCCGCUAUGAACCUGUUUUCUCUCCAAGAGGCCACGGGCGGCUAGGUGGGCCGCUGCAAGCAGGCCCGUCAAUGGGCAAUCUAUUUUAGAUGGCAGCCAAUAUGUACGGGAUGCAAGGAGGAUACCCUCCAUACGGAGGGAUCUGGUUGAACCAGCAGCAAUCGUUUGGUACGGGUGGAAACGCCCCCCUCCCUCAAGGAGGGGGCCUUGGCACGGCGGGCACACAUGGAGUGUCAACCUUCCAUAGUUAUUAUCCCAGAGCCCUUGUCGGUAAUCCAGGACCAGGCUUUCAAGUUGUGCCAGGCCUCAGCGGCCAAGCGGCCACUACGGUAGAGAGAGGCGGUCAACCUUUCAGCACUCCGAUAUCUACGCCACCAGGAAGGAGAGUCGGGGAAGAUCGAAGUGAAGGGACUUAUGAGGAAGUUGAGAGUGAAAAACAAGGGGCAUCGACAUCAAGAAUCGAAGAAGGAUCCAAUCAGAGAGCGCGACCGUCAGGGAAACAAAGGAGGCUGAGCAUGUCGUCAGUAAAGGAAUUAAGAGCCG